CAGAUGGCGCCGUUGGCGUGUAGUCUCGCUCCGUUGUCGGAUUUUUAGUGCAAGUUAAUAUGGCGGAAAGUGUAGUUGAGGUUACUCAACAACCCGCUACUCCCGUAGAAAAAUCAGAAGUACCAAACGACGCUGCUAGAGGCGGAUUCGGUUUCCCUCCUCGUGGACGCGGAUUCCCUCCUAGAGGACCUAGACCACCUUUUGGACCCAGAGGACCUCCACCACCCCGAUUUCGUGGCCCACCACCUCCACCAAUGAUGAGAGGACCGCCACCACCACCACAUAUGAGAGGUGGACCAGGCAUGAUGAGACGACCACCACCACCAGGUUACAGAGGUCCACCUCCACCACCUUUUGAUCCUAAUUUUCCUCCUCCCCAUAUGCCACCACCAGGAAUGCCCCCACCACCAGGUAUUCCACCACCACCAGGAAUGGCUCCACCUGGUAUGCAUCCUCCUCCUCCAGGAAUG